CGUACCCCGUUCAUAGAGAAGGCUUGUUCUGCUUUGUGGUUCGUGGUUUCCUCUGCCGGUGGAUUAAGAGCAGUGCGGUCUGAUCUGGGUCACCGGGGCCCGUGUAGGAUACGGAUCUGUCUCCGAAGCCCGGUAUGUAAUCCAUCAUGGAUCUGGUUUUCAUAAUAGCCUAACUGUCGUCCUACAGCUGUGAGAGGACCCCCGGUUUAUUAGGGCAACAUUAGAAACAGCUGGGGCAUGGAAGGUCACGGAGCGGAUUUGAGCCAGCGGCCCGACGAGGAGCUGCUGAUGCUGGGGAAGGAAGAUCUGAUCCGGAGACUGAGGAGGCUGGAGAGCCGCAACAUGGCCCUGAUGCUGGAGCACGGAAACAUGAUGAAAGACGUGAACCGGAGACUGCAGAUCCACCUCCACGAGAUCCGGAGUCUGAAAGAGGUCAACCAGAAACUGCAGGACGACAACCAGGAGCUGAGAGAGCUGUGCUGCUUCCUGGACGACGACCGACAGAAGGGGAAGAAGGUGUCCCGGGAGUGGCAGCGGUUCGGCCGCUACACGGCCGGCGUCCUGUGGAAAGACGUCGGACUUUACCAACAGAAGCUGACGGAGCUGGAGGCCGGUCAGGAAGCGCUGAGGACGGAGAACAUGGAGCUGAAGGAGAUCGUCCUGAUGCUGGAUGAGGAGAGGAGCGGAGCCGGCUCCCGGAGCUCCAUCGACAGCCAGUCCAGCAGCCUGAGCAACCUGAACGGCUCGGUGUCGGCUCGGGACGUGGGGGAUGGUAGUAGCACAUCCAGUACUGGGAGCGUCGGUAGUCCUGACCACCACCCCCACAACCACUUCCACAAAGCACCCGAGGGAAAGACAGCACCUCAGAGGAGGUCUAUGCAUGACCUGUCCGCCGACCACUUCCAGCGAGAAGCCGACGCAUCAGCCAGCUACAUCAGACAGCUGGAGAACAAAGUGAGGACGCUCGAGGAUGAAAACAAGCAGCUGCUAUCACAGGCUAAUGGAUGGGACAUAACAACUCUGAGGAAGGGUUUGUCUCUUUGUCAUUCAGACACUCAGCACUCACAGGACAACAUGCACAAUACAAUAGAACUCACCUCCCCACAAUUCCUCACUGUUCACACCUGGGGACGAGUCUACCCCAGGGACCUUCAGACCAGUGAGUAUUGGUCAGUGUGUGAUAUGUGACCCCCCAGGAUGUCACCAGACAAAACCAGAUCCCCGUCUUUGUUCGCCCUCUCUUCUCUCCUCGGCUUGCUCAG